AGUUUUUACGCCUCAUGUAGUCCCCCAGAUAGAGCACAUUUGACUGCUCAAUUCAGUUUUUUUCAAUUCUAGUUGGAUAGAGUGUAUCUUGUUGAACGAGAAAGUGUAGUUGGAACAGCUCCAUUGAGUUGGAAGAUACAGCCCCAAGCACGCUGAAAGCAAAAUGUUGGCUAUGCGAAGCACCCGUUUGGCGGUUUACCUGAAACCGGCCAUCCGUAUGGUUCAGUCCCGUGGCUAUGCUGAAGAAAUGUCCUUCACUUUAGCAGCAGCUAACAAGGUGUUCUACGACAGUGCCAACAUUCGGCAAGUCGAUGUGCCUUCUUUCAGCGGAGCGUUCGGCAUCCUCCCGAAGCAUGUUCCAACCCUUGCUGUGUUGAAGCCGGGCGUUGUCACAGUGUAUGAGAACGAUGGUGCGCAGAAGAAGAUUUUCGUAUCGAGCGGUACCGUCACUGUCAAUGAGGACGCUUCCGUGCAAGUAUUGGCGGAAGAAGCACACCCAAUCGAAGAUCUGGAUGCGUCUGCUUGCCGAGAAAUUCUUACCAACUCUCAAAGUCAACUAUCAUCCGCCUCAGGAGAUAAGGAUCGUGCCGAAGCUGCAAUUGCCGUCGAGGUAGCUGAGGCUUUGCUGAAGGCCGCGGAAUAAACUUUCCAACUCUCCAAAAUUGUAUAGAAACUGAUCUUUUCACAGAUUCAAAUAAUAAAGAAAAAACCGUAAUUUGAGCCCUAUA